AUGGGUGAGGGAGUUGAGGCUAGGGCAUGAGGGGAGGAAUGAGGAUUGUGAGGCUCGGAUGAGGUUGAGGUUGGUUCUGGAGCCUACUUCGAUGGACUGUCCUGCCCAGUGUCCUGCCUAGUUUCAGACCGAGUAGGACAGCUUGGAUGGAAAUGUUGUGCACUUGGCUUUUGGAGGACAGAAAAAUGAAGGCGUCAUGGGCAGUAAUAAUUACGAUAAUGAAAAUUAUUUUUGGGGCUUAGUUUUCAACCAGAGUAAUCACUGAAACUGCCGGUUUCUCAAGUUCCUCUUUGGGACUCCAAACUUGGAGAUGGUCCCUCUCAUGGAGGUUUUUUUUUCUUUUUUCUUUUGCCUGCGACAGCCUAUGUUUGUUUUCUCUCCACUGCUUCUGGGCAGCCUUACUCCGAUGCUGCUCCUCACCUGUGCUUAGCUGUGGGGCUCUUAUGGUUGUCAUCUAAAUUGGCCUAACCAUUUUCAGUAGCUAAUUCUACUUUCAUGAGAGUCACAUGGUUUGUUACAUACAACACUAUAUUUAGGCUCUCAAACAGAAUGGCUUUGCCCUCAGUUUCUUACAGUUAAAAAAAAUUCCACUUUAUUGAGGUAAAUUUAUAUACAAUAAACUGCUCAUAUUUAAAAUGUGCAUAAGUUUCGCCAUAUGUUUACGUCUGUGAAACCAUCACCACUUUCAAGAUACUGAACAUUUCUACUGCCCCCAGAAGUUUUCUCCUAUCCCUUUGCAACUCAUUCCUCUGUCCAUGACACAUUUUGGGGUUUACUUUAUUAGUAUUUUGCAGGUCCCUUUCUCUCUGCCAACCCACACUCACAAGAACAUUUUAAAAGUUCUAGACAGUUGGGUUAGCACUCAGUUAUAAUGGACACUUCACUUUCCCACCACUAAAUUUUCCUCUCUAGUGACAGUCGACCACAGAGCCCAGAUACCUUCCCCAACCUCAGGGAGAUUUAGGCCUUUCCUAUCCAGACUCUUCUCUUGAAAAUUAGGGAUAGCCCAAGCCCAAGUUGCCAUUCUGUUCUAGAGGCUCAGCCUCUGUUCGGACCCAUGGUAUGUUUUCAUUGCUUCUCUCUGGAGGCCAAACAUUUUCAUGCUAGUGGAACCCUUGACCAUCUACCCUGAUGGGCAGAACCCUGUAGAACCAACAUGUAUCAUAGCAGGGUUUGGAGCAGUGAUUCCUAAACACUGGGCCAAGGAUAGUGCCAGUUCAUGAUAAAGAUUUCAUCCAUCCAAGGAGGAAGGAGAGAAAAAUAACAUGAAAUAUGAGUUUUUCAUAAAGAUAAGUUCAUUUUGAGAUUAUUCUUUUAGUGUUAAAGUGCUUUCUGACUGAUGAAAUAAUGGUGACAGUAGAUGGUGGGUUUUAAAGAAAUGGUCUUAUUUGCCAAAAUAAGUAACAAGCCUAUUUUUAAAAUUUUUUAGAAAUUAUUUUUACUAGUUCCUGAAAUGGAGAAAUUUAGAGUGAUGAAGCGUGGCUGUUGUUGUUAUGGUUGAGAAAGCCUGUGUUUAGACUAAUUCUAGAUAACUUCUGACAUUUGAACAGCAUUCAUUCAGUCUCACAUUUCACUGGGUUUACAUACUUUGUGCAGUAUAGAUGAUGAAUCAAAUUCAUAAACCAGAGGUCACAUAGUGAUAAAGUGGCAAAGCUGAACCCAAACUUUGGUUUCCUGAGAGUGGGUGACUUGGGGAAAGAAGGUUUGUAGCAGAGAGUGAGAGCCAUGUGGACGAAAUGGCACCUUAGGUAUGGGAAGAGUUGUGAUGACUCGGAGGACAUUAUACUGGCAAAAAGCAGUUUUUAUGAUUUGUAGUAUUAAUGUGGUUCCAAAAGAGUUAAAGAGACUUUGAGGGUGACAUAGAGAUGAGGGUUCUGUUUAAUAUUGUGGCAAUGACAUGGGAACAGGUAUACUUAAUACCUGGAUCACACUGUGGUCGUGGUAGGAUGAGUCAAGUCGUCAGAGCAUUGUUAGGGACUGUCCAAAUUCUUGGGUGUUCUGGAGAAAGCACUGGGUUUGGUAAGCUAUAUUGAACUCUGUUGAAAUAGUAGUGCAGGAAGUAAAAUGGAUUUUGACUUAGACAUACAGCCCAGUGGUAGAUCUCAGAAGAAGUAACAUAAAUGAGGGUAGUGAUGUAGAAAUAGAAACAUGUUUGGAGUGCUGUAUGUAACCGUUUAUUCCAUAUCUGCUAUACACCAGGCACUCUAAGUGCUGGGAGAGCAAGUUCAUUCAUUCAUAUGUUAAUUCAUUUAUUCAUUCAGCACAUACUUUUUCAGUAUGUAGUCUGUCCUUAUGAAGCUUACAUUUUAUGAGAUAACAAGAUACAUAAGACACGGUCCUCUGAGGUCUCAAGGAAUUCGCAGUCAGGUUGGGAGAGGUAGAUACAUGAGAAGAUGAUUUCAGUUUAGAGAGAGAGAGUGAAAUACAAAAGCAUAUUAUGGGGAUGUAGUCUCUCCCUGUGUCAUAUAUAGUCCAUGGUCUACCAUAUAUCUGCACAGGUAUUACAGAUUUAUACAUCCAAAACAGCACUCAGUGUCUUUGCUCUGAGAGUGUGCUGUUGUAUCACAUGCUCUAUCUCAGUCCAGGCAAGGACUUCAGUGUCCUCUUCAUUCUUUCUGCUCCUUCACCCCCUGUAUUUAAUCACUCACCAAAAUCUUAAUAUGUUUCUCUCUAAAUUAUUUUCCUCUUCAUCUCCAUGGCUACAUCUCGACUGUUAAAGCUUUAGUUUACUUCGCCUCCUCUCUCAUCUGGAUACCCCCCCACCCCGCAACAGUCUCCUGCCUUCAGACUUGCUCUUUUCUAGUCUGUCCCUAGAAUGGUCUUUCUAAAAAUACAAAUGUAAUCAUGGAGCUCCUUUGCUUAAAAACUUUUGGCUCUUUGUGUUCUGUAGGACAACAUCCAAAUUCCUUAAUAUGGCAUCAUUUGGCCUCAACUCACCUCUCCAGCCUCAUCUCCUGCCACUCCCUACUUUGUGUUCUAGCUUGAAUAAAUUGUUCACAGUUCCCUAACGAACAUGUUACUGUUUUGAGCCUUGAGAUCUUUGUAAUAGCUGUUUCCCUUACUAAGAAUAUUUUUUCUUCUCUGCCCAGUGAACUUUCCUUGUUCUUUAGGAUCUAGUUCAUUCUCUCCUCCUCUUUUUGACAUCUUCUUUGUCAUCAUCACCCAAGAGGGGUGGAGAAAGAGCCAUGUGUGACGUGGAGAUUCACUGCUGUAAAGGGGAGUCACCGUGAUUGAGGUUCACGUUGUGUAAAGGCUGUGCUGGAGUCAGGUGUUGCAGGUGUAUCCCUGCUCUCAGCUCCCUCCCUCUCUUACCUCUCCCAGGGCAAAGGUUCAUAAGGAAGGCUGAGCCACUUCCUGCCCUGUGCCUGCUAUUCUGAGGUUGGUGGAUACCCUUGCUGAAAGUGCCUGUAAGGCUGUAUUUUGUGCUGUAAGAUUUGCAGGUCUGGCCUGGGCAGUGACCUCUGGGCUCACUUCUCCAGCCUGGUGUAUUCUUUGGCUCCAUGGCCAGCUACUGGCUCCUGCAGACCGGAUGAAGCAGACUAGAGACACAAGUGGAGAAAGCCUCCAGCUGGCAGACUCUCAGAGUGUGGCCCUCUGGCCGCUGGCCCUGCCCAGCCUGCCUCAUGGAGAGGAUGAACUGGCUGAGCAGACUGGCCUCCCGGGGCCCUGGACACCGUGUCCCUCAGGGGGCCAGUCUGCAGACCCCUGUCAUGGCUGACCCUGAGACCUGCCUCAUGGUCUUCAAGAAUCACUGGUCCCAGGCGGUGCGAAUCCUGGAGCGGCAAGGUCCUCGGGCAGCUCCUGGGGGUGCAGAUGAUCUCAGUGCUGUGCGCAACCACACUUACCAGAUGUUGACACUGCUGGUAGAAGAUCGUGCUGUCCCCUCAGCCCCCACGGCCCCUGGGCCCUUGCUGGAGUUUGCUCUGCGUGAGGACCUGCUAACCCGUGUGUUGGUGUGGCAGCUUCAGUGGGAUGAGCUUGGGGAUGGGGUUGAAGAACGGCGAGCUGAGCAACUGAAGCUGUUUGAGAUGCUAGUGAGCGAAGCUCGCCAGCCGCUGUUGCGACAUGGACCGGUUCGUGAGGCUCUGCUGACCUUGCUGGAUGCGUGUGGCCGCCCUGUGCCCAGUAGCCCAGCACUAGAUGAAGGCCUGGUGCUACUUCUCAGCCAGCUGUGUGUGUGUCUGGCCCGGGAGCCUUCAUUGCUCGAGUUCUUCCUACAGCCACCUCCUGAGCCUGGAGCUGCCCCCCGUCUUCUCCUCUUUUCUCGCCUUGUUCCCUUCGUCCAUCGAGAGGGCACACUGGGCCAGCAGGCUCGUGACGCCCUACUCCUGCUCAUGGCUCUGUCUGCUGGGAGUCCCACUGUGGGCCGCUACAUUGCAGAUCACUCUUACUUCUGCCCGGUGCUGGCCACAGGGCUGAGUGCCCUGUACUCCUCACUGCCCCGAAAGAUUGAGGUUCCAGGGGAUGAUUGGCACUGCCUGCGACGGGAGGACUGGCUGGGCGUGCCAGCCCUUGCGCUGUUCAUGAGUUCCCUAGAAUUCUGCAAUGCAGUCAUUCAGGUGGCUCACCCUUUGGUGCAGAAGCAGCUAGUUGAUUAUAUCCAUAAUGGGUUUCUGGUGCCUGUCAUGGGCCCUGCCCUGCACAAGACCUCUGUGGAGGAGAUGAUCGCCAGUACCGCCUAUCUGGAACUUUUCCUACGGAGUAUCUCAGAGCCUGCUUUGCUCCGUACCUUCCUGCGAUUCCUGCUGUUACACCGGCAUGACACCCACACCAUCCUUGACACCCUCGUUGCCCGUAUUGGCAGCAACUCCCGGGUAUGGCCCCUACCUCUGUCCUGGCUUACCUGGCUCUGCAUGGUCUCUCUGAGUCUCUUCAGGACCCUACUGAACCUCAGUUGUGAGGAUGUCCUGCUGCAGCUGGUUCUCAGGUAUCUUGUCCCAUGUAACCAUGUGAUGCUGAGCCAGAAGCCAGCUGUACGUGAUGUGGACCUAUAUGGACGGGCGGCAGACAAGUUUCUCUCCCUAAUCCCACGCUGUUGUCGGCAUCGUGCCCCUAGCCCACCCCAUCCAGAGCAUGCCCCAUGGGCACGAGGUGGGCCUAGCAGAGAGGCAGGGAGAAGGGAGGACACCACGGGCCCUGGAAGCCCAAGUGUUGACUCCUCUUCUGUGGUGACAGUGCCCCGGCCCUCCACACCAUCUCGACUGGCCCUCUUCCUGCGACAGCAGAGUCUGGGUGGCUCGGAAUCCCCAGUUCCAGCCCCUCGCUCACCAGGGCUUGCUGCAUCCCCAGCCUCCAGCCCUGGCCGAAGGCCCAGCCCUGUGGAGGAGCCUGGUGAGCUGGAAGACAAUUACCUGGAGUAUCUGCGUGAGGCACGCCGUGGUGUGGACCGGUGUGUCCGAGCCUGCCGUACCUGGUCUGCCCCCUAUGAUGGCGAGCGGCCCCCUCCUGAGCCCAGUCCUGUUGGCUCCCGGACUAAGAAACGCAGCCUACUGCCUGAGGAGGACAGGGACAAUGUGGGGGAAGGGGAGGAGGAAGAGCUGGGGAGUGGGGGGCUUGCUGGGGGUGCAGGGGAGGGCCCUGGCCUCCUGCCCCCUCCCCAGCUCAAUGGGGUGCCUGGACCAUGGCCUGAGGGGGCCAAGAAGGUUCGUCGGGUGCCUCAGGAGGGAGCUGGGGACCUGCCAGAGGGCACCUCCGAGGCCAUGGCAGGACUAGAGGGCUUUGGGCAGGAGCUCCGGGAACUCGAGGUGGCAUUGAGCAAUGGGGGGGCUGGCUCAGGACCCCUGCUAGAGCCUCCACUACCUCUUGAGGAGGAGGAGGCCUAUGAGAGCUUCACCUGUCCCCCUGAGCCCCCUGGCCCCUUCCUCAGCAGCCCUUUGCGGACUCUCAACCAGCUGCCAAGCCAGCCCUUCACUGGCCCCUUCAUGGCUGUGCUCUUUGCCAAACUCGAGAACAUGCUGCAGAACUCCGUCUAUGUCAACUUCCUGCUGACGGGGCUGGUGGCCCAGCUGGCCUGUCACCCCCAGCCCCUGCUCCGCUCUUUCCUGCUCAACACCAACAUGGUCUUCCAGCCCAGUGUCAAGUCCCUGCUGCAGGUGCUGGGUUCUGUGAAGAAUAAAAUUGAGAGCUUUGCGGCCUCCCAGGAGGACUUCCCAGCACUGCUAUCCAAAGCCAAGAAGUACCUCAUUGCCCGUGGCAAGUUGGACUGGGCCGAGGGCCCUGCAGCAGGACCUGCCCCCCGCCGCUCCGAUCCCCUAGUGAAGAGCCGGAGGCCGUCCUUGGGGGAGCUGCUCCUGCGGCACGCACACAGUCCAACCAGGGCCCGGCAGGCGGCACAGUUGGUUCUUCAGCCUGGGAGAGACGGUGCAGGACUUGGCCUAGGUGGGGACUCCCCUGGGGCUUCAACUCCGGUGCUGCCCCCUCGGGGUGGGGCCCCUGAGCGCCAAGGUGAGGCUCUGCGAGUCAAGAAUGCGGUCUACUGUGCAGUCAUUUUCCCUGAGUUUCUCAAGGAGUUGGCUGCCAUCUCCCAGGCCCAUGCUGUCACCUCGCCUUUCCUGUUGGAUGCUUCAGAGGAGGGAUCUGGCCCUCCUGUCUCAGGCUUCGGGCCCCUCAAUCCUUAACUUUCUUCCAUGGACAAUCAGGGCCUCAAGUGGCCUGGGCUGGGGCCGGGAUGUAGGCUCCUUUUUAUGUUUGGAGGCAGUGGCAAGAGGACUUUUUAAUUUAUUUCCGAUGAAUGUUUUAUGGAGAACUUGUUGCAAUAUGUAUAAAAGGGAAAUCUCUA